GUGGUCUGCGCUGGGCGGUGGAUGCGCACCAAAUUGUCCCGCUUGUUUUGGUCUGCGCGUUAGUUCAUGCCUCCUCCUUCCCCCUCUCCCCGCUUCUCUCCCACCUCUCCCAGGCCACAUAGCUCUCCCAGCCCACGCUCACGGGUUGUUGCGGCUCUAGUGCGUGUGUAGCCCAUGAACCCACGCUCCCAGACUGCAGGAAGGUCGUGCUAUCGUACAUAAAUUGCCUCAACCGUACUCUUGUUUUAUAACGAAAAAUAUAAACAGCGUGAAUUUAUCCCCAUUUUCUGGUGAACUGGCGUGUUUCUGAGGGCGUGGGCGUGUAGGGCGCCGCUUCCGUACCCAUCUGGACCAUGGGACGCCCCACGGACCCCCUCCUGCUGUGAGAGAGAGAGAGAGAGAGCGAGAAAGAGAGAGAUGGAGGGAAUUCAUUCGCGUAAUCUCUGCCUCUCUCUCUCGUUGCUGCCCAUAACGCUGCUGCUACUGGCUGCUGCAGGCACCUCAGCGGUCGACCUCCACUUUCAAAACCCAGACAGCGGCUUCUUUCUACGCCCGGAGGAGCCCCAGCACACUCAGGGCGUGGGCGCGGGCGUGGGCGUGGACGGAGGCGUGCUGGACGUGGAGAGAUUUACAGUCUUGGACCCGACACGCCCUGCCCUUAUCCGCGCAACGUACGGUCCAUUCAGCACAAAGCAGACAGUCCCAGCACGGUACAUCCUCCCAGAAUUUCCUGAAGAUGAACCGAACAACACGUCACAGAUUGAAGUACUCGGCCCACACGUCCCGCCCGUACCGCACCAGCUGGAAGUCUCGGCCCAUUUAGUCAACAAGGUCGUGUCUCGUGCACAACCUGCCCUGAGAGUCCUAAUUCACGGAGCAGGGGCAAGAGGACACCACUCACCCCACGUCUGCGUCACGGUGAUAGCCAGACACGCCUCUGAUGCCCUGUCCUCAUCAUGCACACCUACUGGAGCCGGGGAAACUGGUGGAGAUGCUACUUGUCUUAUCUCCCUAGCUGUACCUUCCCGCUGGUGGCCGCCUCACUCACGAGCCACUGUGAAAAUCCCUCGUGUGGCUGUUCAGGUCUCAUAUCUAGUUGGGACAGCACCUGGCCCUAGCGAGUGUGCCUCUAGGGACUCCGGCAGCCCCUCUCUUGGCGGUCCCAGGGUCACAGUACAGCCAGAAACGGGUGUAGGAGAGGUGGUUUUGACACUGGAUACACAUGGUUAUGAAGAAUUGUCCACUGAUACUCUGGUUCAUGUGUUGGUGCCGCGAGCUCCUCUCCACCCAGGUACAACUAUUCAUGCACCGUUGUACCUUCACCCGCCUGGUAAUCUGCCGGCUCUUGUCCUUGUAUUGAGGUGCAAGGCGCGGGAUGGUGUGCGUGUGGCGGGCGUGGAAUCCUCCUCCUCUGCCUGGAACCUGACGGUGGAUGUUAAUGCGCGUCGCUCGGUUGCCUCUGUGACGGCUUUGCUCACGGACACCCCCACCAAUGAUACUCUGCACAACUUGGGUCUCCACGAGGUGCUGUCCUGGGUGCUGGAGGUCCCGGAGCACGUGGGGGCGGGUGAGGCGCGGGUCACGUGGUCUCUGCGGUACCUGAUGGACGCCCACAGAAGGGAAACAUUCUCCGGAACAGAUUCAAGGAAAAUGACUGCUAGACUGACCAUUCUAAAGGACGAUAUACAAGCGGUUCUCCCCAUUGCCAAGAGCUGGUCCAUCGUUAACACCGCAGUGCUCACAGGGCGUCAAGUGUCCCGUGCCAUGAAGGUCCUAAUUGUGUCCCAGGCUGGCAAGGUGGCGGAUGUAACACUGCAGUCGUCUUGUAACUGUACCGACGAGGCUGCCAUGAAGGUGUCCACGUCUUGUACCUCUGUGUACCUGGACGGCUCAGAGGUACGCGGUAGUCACAACGCUACAGUGAUCGCACGGUACGACAUCCUCACUGGGUCUGCUUCCUUUACCGUCUGGAUGCCUGAACUCCCUCUUACUGUGCAUGUAGAGGACACCAAACUCUCCCAGGUGAGGGGGUGGCGCUCCCUGGACCCCGCCACUACAGCUGGGUAUAGCAUGAAGCAUCCUCCUGCCUCUGUGACGUCUACUGGGAUAAUGUCGGGGAACAGAAGAGGACAGGGCCAUAUUGAGAAUUCGGUGUCUCCUCCCUGCUCCGUCAGAUACCAGCAAACGCCCGUGCAGGUUUACGGUCGCUUCGUGGCAGUGGAUGACAACAGCGGGCGCCAGUCGUACCUGCUGUCGAGGCGUGCUCAGGUGAGGGUGACGGAGCUGGUGGCGCACCUCCUGAGGGUGGCUGACACGUCUGUGGCUAUCCUGGACCACACCACACUGAUGGGACGCGCUCCGGGCCGCACAGAGGUUCAGGUGCUGUCCCCAAUCACAGGCCGGGUCAUAGGCGCUAGGGAGGUCAAGGUGGGGUCGGACAAGGUGUGGGUCAGCCGUUUGAGAGCUGCAGUCAUUUCGGGGCUCACUUUAAGCCUGCAACCUGAUAGUCAUUUGCCAGACGGUUAUUCGGCCAUUACUGCUGUCACGCCUACUCUCACUGCAAAAUAUCAGGAAGGCUUGGUGGACGUGUGGGUGGAAAUGAGCGAUGGAGUGGUGACCCCCUUACGUGAAGUGCCGCCUCCACAUUACAACCUGCGCGUGAGAUCUUUAGAUGCUGAAGUGGUAGCUGUUGCCCCUUCGCCACGCUCAGCCCAGCCUCGUGUCAUAGCUAUUGGUCAUGGCGCGGGUGAUUUACUCGAGGUCAGCCUGGAGGUCUCUGAGGAGUGUGAGCAGAGGAGGUCAACGCUUGCAUCCACUAAAGUUCACGUGAAGAUUGACCUUGGCACGACCCCUCCCCCGCCUCCGCCCCCUCCCGACAAUGAGCUGAGACCCAACCCCGCCGACCCCAAUGUGCUUGACCUCUCCACCCACAAACUCAAGGUGCACGUGUCAGAGCUGCCCCACGCAGACGCCGCGGCGCCCAACAACCACCUCAUGCUGAUGGCGGAGCAGCCGCGCCACACGCCCGCGCACGCGCGUCUGCACCCUGCGCGCGGGGGCAGCGUGACGCCCCUGGAGGUGGGCAUGUACGUGCUGCUGGCGGUGUUCGGCGCCGCCAUCGUCAUCUUCGCCGCGUCCUACGUGGUGUACACCUGGAACGUGCGCGGCGGCGGCAAGGUGCGGCGCCCCCCGCCCCACUCACCUCCCUCAUCCGCCCAGGACUCCGUCACCAACGCCCACGACUGGGUGUGGCUGGGCCGCGCCACGCUGGAGCGCGCCUCGGGCGUGGGCAUGUCACCACCCCCGCCCCCCCAGCCCCCGGGCGGCGGCUCCCUCAUGCUGAGUGACCUCAACGGCAACACGCCCUCAGCGCCCGCGUCCGCCCACCCCCAGCGGGCGUCCUGGCGGGGGCCGGAGCGCCCCUCGACCCAGAUCAACAUCACGGCCAACCCUGCCGCGGAGCCCGAGCCCCCCGCCCCCCAGGUCGUUCCCCCCUCCCUGGCGGGGGGCUCCACCUUCACGCGCCCCUCCCGCAACUCGCGCCGCGUGACCUUCAACCACCUGGAGGGGGACGACGCCCCCAGCAGCGAGGAGGAGCGGCCUCCCGUGCCCCCCCACCGCAACAUUGGCGUCACCACACACCCUGGCGAGGGGAGCGCCUCUCCCCCGCCGCCCCCGGUGCCCCCCCACGGUGUGCACGUCAUCGCCAACCCCCUGGACGACCCGCACCGCCCCCGUGCCGCCCCUCCCGCGCCCCCCACGCCCCCGAGCCCUGAGGCGGACACACGCUUCGUGGAGGUGAACGCAGAUGACUUCGUGCGGCUGCGGGCGUGCCGCGGGCGUGGGGGCCAGGUGCGGCGCGCCACCAUCAUGGAGAACCCCCUGCUGUCCGCCCACCUGCCGGACAACCUGCCGCACCACCUGGACAACCUGCCGCCACACCUGGACUACGACCAGCUCAUGCGCUACUUCUCCAACCUCAAGGAGUCCAACGCAUGAGCCGCCCACGCCCACGCCCGCGCCCACGCCCGCAAGGCACCAUCAGCACACCCAACACUCCCCAACACCAGCUUACCUUUCUCUAAAAUCCUUAACCAACCCAAAACCUCCCUAGAAAUACUUUUAAACCCUGAAAAUCAUUUAAAACGCCCUAAAAUUUCCCUAAAACUACCUUAAACACACACUGUUAUCUGAAAGGACCCUAGAACUACCCUGAAUACCCUUAAAAAUAUCCCUAGACACACUUAAAGAUCCCUGAGUCUUCAAGGAAAGCUCAGAAAAUUCCCUAGUGAUCUUUAAAAGUUACCCUAGUCGAGCUGAAGACUGACCCCAAAAA